CUUAGGCCCGCCCAAUCUUUGUCAAAGCUAGCUCAGUUCUCGUGUAUAAAUUUGAGGCUAUUCUUCAAACAAAUCAUGAAAUCAACAAGAAAAACAAAUGGAAUACCAAGCUUCAUAGACAAAGCUGUGAUGCCAGCGUCUUUGCGUUUUUACUUUAUCAAUCAAUAUCAACUCGGUCACACAUCCAUGGCUUUCUUACUUCAUUUUCUUGACCACAUAUUGAAUCAUUUAAGCUUUCUUUUCACACCCUCACAAAGAUCACUCGGCAAGCUAACCUUCCUGGAUGGAACAUUUAAAUUAUCCAUUCUAAUAUGCACACAUUCUGCAUUCCAAUAUUAACAUCUUCUGUGUUCACAGUAUAUCUAGAUGAGCCCGUAUGGGAGUUCUCUGCAGCAGAACAAAUCAUUCUGCAUAAGAUCAAAGCACCUACAGAUCAAAUGGCACCUUUGGCUUUCCUUCUGCUAUUCCAUCUCCUUGGUUUUCAGUUGCUGAGAUUUCGAGCAAAAUUGGCAUAAACUAUGGGCAGGUAGGGAACAAUUUGCCUUCUCCAAGCCGGUCCAUCGAGCGCAUCAAAUCCAUGAAAAUAGGGCGUGUGAAGCUCUAUGAUGCCAACCCGGAAAUUUUAAGACUCCUAUCCGGAACCAAUAUCUCAGUCUCCAUCAUGGUCCCAAACAAUGAAAUCACUGGCAUUGCCUCAGACCAAUCCAAAGCAGAUGAAUGGGUCAGAAACAAUGUCCUCCCCUACUACCCCAAAACCAUGAUCCGGUACCUCCUCGUAGGCAAUGAAAUCCUCAGCUAUUUCUCGGACCAAGAUCGCCAAAUAUGGCACGAUCUAGUCCCGGCCAUGACUAAAAUCAAGUAUUCUCUCAAAUCCAAAAAUAUCACUAACAUCAAAAUAGGUACCCCAUUAGCAAUGGACGUGGUUCAAACGAGUUUCCCACCAUCAAGUGGCUCUUUCCGAUCCGAUAUCUCGGAAACAGUCAUGGUUCCCUUGGUCAGAUUCUUGAACCGGACCAAGUCAUUUUUCUUCAUUGAUGUGUACCCUUUUUUCCCAUGGUCCUCAAACCCCAAAGACAUUAGCCUAGACUAUGCAUUAUUGAAAAACAUUAGUAACAACAGUACUCUACGGUAUACUGACCCAGGAAGUGGUUUGGUCUAUACCAAUCUUCUGGACCAAAUGCUUGACUCCUUGAUCUUCGCCAUGACCAAGCUCGGCUACCCAAACAUCCGGCUUUUGAUAGCGGAGACUGGGUGGCCAAACUCCAGCAGUGAGCAAAACCAACCGGGGGCUAAUGUACACAAUGCCGCCACAUACAACCGAAAUUUGGUACAAAAAAUUGUUACUAAGCCAACAAUUGGGACACCAGCGAGGCCUGGUGUAGUGAUACCAACCUUCAUAUUUGCAUUGUAUGAUGAAAAUCAGAAGGGUGGGCCUGGAACAGAGAGGCACUGGGGAUUGUUGUACGCUGAUGGAACUCCGGUUUAUGAUAUUGACUUGACGGGGAAGCGAUCGGCAAAUGACUACGAACCAUUGCCGGAGAAGAGGCACUUCAUAAAGGGAAUUCAUUACGACGACUGAUGGUGGAAAUGUUAGUUAAAUUGUUCACUAUUUUGUGAUAGUAGCUUUGGUCGCCGCUUUUGAUGAUUUUUAGAUAGAAAUAACGUGCUCUGAAUUAUUGUUGUAAACUUAUAAUCACAUUUAACUUUCUGCUUGUUAAAAAUCAAAAAUGAAGUUUUCUUAACAAAGAGUACGCAAUCAUUUGAUGACAAUGGCAAGGUGAGAGA